GUUACAAGACCGGGCCCCAUCUCCAGAGAUCCGCUGAGCCGUGCGUGACCGCGUCGUCUCCUUCUUUCCCCUUCCGUUCAGAUUCCGCUGAACCAGAACUUCUUUAUAGCUUCCCCGUCCCCGCCCAUUUUUGCCGGGAAACUCUGCAUCUCCUCCGCCGGCGCCGAUCGCCGCUCUGCCUCUCCGUCCUUGCCUUCUCUUCCCAUAGGAAAGCUCUCCGUCCCCGCGGUCCUCACAUCUCGAGAGAGGGGAGAGGAUAGAGGAGACGAGGAGAGAUGCAGGUCUUCUACCUGAUCUCGCUGCCUCUGACCCUGGGGAUGGUGGUCCUCACGCUCCGCUACUUCGCUGGACCUGAAGUCCCCCGCUACGUCCUCUUCACCGUCGGCUACACCUGGUUCUGCUCCCUCUCCAUUAUCAUCCUCGUCCCCGCCGACAUCUGGACGACAAUUAUCCAUCAUGGCAGUGGAGGCAUCUCCUUUAUGUGGAUCUGGUCAUACUGGAGUACGUUUCUACUUACUUGGGCUGUUGCUCCCUUGAUUCAGGGUUUUGAAGAUGCUGGAGACUUCACUUUUAAGGAAAGAUUAAAGACAAGCAUACACGUGAACUUAGUGUUUUAUCUAAUUGUGGGAUCUAUUGGCCUUUUUGGGCUCAUCCUCCUCAUCAUGAUGCACAAAAAUUGGGGUGGGAGCGUUCUUGGUUUCGCAAUGGCCUGUUCAAACACUUUUGGGCUUGUCACAGGGGCAUUUCUUCUUGGUUUUGGCUUAAGUGAAAUCCCUAAGAGCAUUUGGAGAAAUUCAGAUUGGACGACACGCCAAAAAGUUCUCUCCCAUAAGAUAGCCAAAAUGGCUGUCAAACUCGAUGAUGCUCAUCAAGAGCUUUCUAAUGCUAUAGUGGUUGCUCAAGCUACUUCCAAUCAGAUGUCCAAACGUGAUCCAUUGAGACCCUAUAUGGAUGUUAUUGAUAACAUGCUGUCCCAAAUGUUUAGAGAUGAUCCAUCCUUCAAACCACAAGGUGGGAGAUUAGGGGAGAAUGACAUGGAUUAUGACACAGAUGAGAAAUCAAUGGCAACCCUUCGGCGUCAUCUGAGGGAAGCCAGAGAGGAAUAUUAUCGUUAUAAAAGUGAGUAUAUGAAUUAUGUAUUGGAGGCAUUGGAACUGGAAGAUGUGAUAAAAAACUAUGAACGCCGAGAUGCAACAGGAUGGAAGUAUAUCUCAAGCCUAAGACCACCUCGAACUGGACGAAUGGGGGCAUUCCUUGAUACUCUCGAAUUUGUUUGGCGAUGCGUACUGAGGAAGCAGCUUGAGAAACUUUUAGCUAUCUUACUGGGUGUAAUGUCAGCAGCUAUUCUUUUAGCAGAGGCGACUUUGCUUCCUAGAGGGGUCGAUCUUUCUCUCUUCUCAAUCCUUAUAAAAUCUGUUGGAAAGCAAGAGGUGCUGGUGCAGGUUCUUGCUUUUAUUCCUCUUAUGUACAUGUGUAUCUGCACAUAUUAUUCUCUGUUCAAGAUUGGAAUGCUGAUGUUUUACUCAUUCACACCGAGGCAAACAAGUUCUGUCAGCUUGCUUAUGAUAUGCUCGAUGGUCGCUCGAUAUGCUGCUCCAAUUUCAUACAACUUUCUAAAUCUCAUUCAACUUGGUAAAGAUGCAGCUGACAAGACUAUAUUUGAACAGCGGAUGGGAAACAUUGACCAAGCUGUGCCAUUUUUUGGGCAAGGCUUCAACAGGAUAUAUCCUCUUAUUAUGGUCAUAUAUACCAUAAUGGUGGCAAGCAACUUCUUUGACCGCAUAAUUAAUUUCUUUGGAAACUGGAAGAGGUUUAGGUUCCAGACUGAGGCAGAUGAUACAGACGGAUUUGAUCCCUCGGGACUAAUUAUCCUCCAAAAAGAGCGAGCUUGGUUGGAAGAAGGACGCAAAGUCGGUGAGCACGUUGUCCCUCUGGCAAGGAAUUUCAAUGGCCAAGAUGUCGAGUCUGGUAUAAGCGGAAAGGAUCCGACAGCUGUGGAAAUGAAGGCUGCGACCAGUUCAAUGCAUGAAAUCACCAAGGAAGGUCCAUCUAAAGCUUUACGAGAAGGGGGCCACAGAUAUGCAAAUAGCAGAGAAGCCAUUGGCGGCAAGUAUGCUGCCAUUAGAGAACAAAGCAGGCAAGCCUCGAAAGCAAAUCCUUCAGAGAAGAACAUCUCCUCUGCUAAAGUUUCCUUGCUUGAUAGCAGGGACUCUCAGUCAGCAACCACUGCUGCAGGCCCACCUGCUGGGCUGGUCUCGAGGUGGGAAUCGAUGAAGAAUGGAUUCCAGACCUUCAAGGCAAACAUGGGCGCCCGCAAAUUCCUCCCUCUACGCCAGAACCAGGAGACUGAUCUCGGGUCCCGAGGGUCCUCACAUGAAUCGCUUGAUGAGAUCUUUCAAAAAUUGAAACGGCCGUCCACGGAUCAUGAUGGCUACAUUGAUGAGGACAAUGAUGGUUUAGAAAUUACGAGAUCUGGCCCCAGUAGAUAGUAUGCAAAGCAUGUUCGGUUCACUUUUCUUUUUCUUUUUUUUCUUUUUAUGUUGUUUAAGAUACUCUGUCCACGGAAGUUGGGUAUUAUGCCCUAGUCCGAGGUAGGUGUACAGGCAGCGGGACCGGGAGGGAGAUUGGGAGAAUUAAACCCGGCCACGCGAAGAAAAGUUUGGUUUAGACCGAAUGAAGCUCAACGGUUGAUUGUUAAGGAUGUCACAGUAAUCUCCGUGGACUGACAAGGAGCAUCGGUUGUGUCCCCCUUACUCAGCUAAUUCCAGCAGGUGGAUCUCCCUUGCAAGAGGUGAAUAGGAUCUGCUGCAGUGAUAUAUUAAAAAAAAGGCAUAGCAAUCAAAUUGACAGAAAAUGUGAAAGGCACGGAACUUAGAAAGAAGCAGGCUUGUAAUGUUCAGUCAAAACUUGAAGCCACACUUUUGGCAAUUGUUUUUUUUUUUUGUAAUCUUCAUAUGUGUUUUUUAACUGUGCAUCUUCUUCGAAAGACUGCAUAAUGUUUCACUGCAUCUGGUGGUUUCAAUCUCA